GUGUUUGUGUUAUUAACUAAAUAAAUAAAACCCCCAAAAUUUUCCAAAACGCCCUUCUGAGUCCUUCAACCAUUUCCAUGCGCAGAAAGAACACAUCCAUGGCGAAUUAGCAACUCAAGAACAAUUGGAAACAAGUGUCACCUAAAAUUCGAUGGCAAAAUCUGAUAAUUUGAGACCUCAUUCCUCUGCCAAAGUCCACCCGGCGAAUGAUCCAGAAACCGAUCCCAAUUCCUACUCGCUCGAGAAGUUUAGGCUCUACGAGACCAGACAGAGAUUUUAUCUGAUUGGUAGUGAUCGGAAUAAGAGGUUCUUUCGGGUAUUGAAGAUUGAUCGUUCAGAGCCAUAUGAUCUCAAUAUUAGUGAAGAUCCAGUGGUUUAUUCGCCACAAGAAAUCAAGAGCUUGCUUCAGCGCAUUGCUGAAGGCAAUCGUGCCACAGGUGGACUAAACUUUGUGGCAAAGGUUUAUGGCAUUGCUGGUUCCAUCAAGUUUCUAGAGUCAUAUUAUUUGAUUCUAGUUACAAAGCGUCGUCAAAUAGGAUGUAUAUGUGGUCAUGCAGUAUAUAGUAUAGAUGAAAGCCAACUAAUAACAAUCCCACAUGCAUCAAUUCAAACUGAUGUGGCACAUUCUAAAACUGAGUUAAGGUACAAAAAGCUAUUAUCCAGUGUGGAUUUGACAAAAGACUUUUUCUUUAGUUAUACGUAUCCUAUAAUGCAAAGCUUGCAAAAGAAUUUGUCAUCAACAGAUAAAGAUAGGAUGCCGUAUGAUAACAUGUUUGUGUGGAAUGAGUUUCUGACAAAAUCUAUUCGUUCAAGAUGUGGCAAUACCAUUUGGACAAUAGCAUUAGUCCAUGGGCAUUUUAAGCAGAAUAGGUUAUCAAUCUAUGGGAGGGACUUUAGUGUUUCUCUGGUUUCUAGACGCUCUCGACAUUUUGCAGGGACCCGUUACUUGAAGAGGGGAGUCAACGAUUGGGGAAAGGUUGCAAAUGAGGUGGAAACAGAGCAAAUUGUUCUUGAUGAAGAAGCUGGAUCAUGCAAGGGGAGAAUGAGUUCUGUUGUGCAGAUGCGUGGAUCAAUUCCCCUUUUCUGGUCACAGGAAGCUUCGAGAUUCAGUCCUAAACCUGAUAUAAUCUUGCAAAGGUACGAUCCUACCUACCAGGCAACCAAAUUGCAUUUUGAGGACCUGGCAAAGAGAUAUGGCAACCCAAUAAUUGUGCUGAACUUAAUUAAGACUGUUGAAAAAAGACCUAGAGAAAUGAUGCUAAGGCGUGAGUUUGCAAAUGCCGUUGGGUAUCUGAACACAAUUCUUUCAGAAGAAAACCAUCUAAAAUUUAUCCACUGGGACUUUCACAAGUUUGCAAAGAGCAAGUCUGCCAAUGUCUUGGCUGUUUUAGGUGCUGUGGCAAGUGAGGCACUUGACUUGACUGGCUUUUACUAUAGUGGUAAACCUAGUGUUGUGAAGAGGAGAACCAAGACCAACCAAAUUAGCAGAACAAGCACCGGAAGGGAUGCUUCCCUUAGAGAUCUGAGAGCCAGCUCUGGUGAUCUUGCUAGGAUUGGAAGUGGGAGUGAAAAUCUAAAUUCUAUAAUUACUCGAGAAAGAGAGAAUGAUUGUAAUCAACAGAUUAAACUAGAUAAGGUUGGUGGUGAAGCACCACUUUUUCAAAGUGGAGUUCUACGCACCAACUGCAUUGACUGCUUAGAUCGUACAAAUGUUGCUCAGUAUGCUUAUGGCUUAGCAGCUCUAGGGCGCCAACUCCAUGCAAUGGGUCUGACAGACAUUCCAAAAGUGGAUCCUGACAGUACCAUUGCCGCAGCUCUUAUGGAUAUGUAUCAGAGUAUGGGGGAUGCUCUUGCCCAACAAUAUGGUGGCUCUGCUGCACAUAACACUGUAUUCCCAGAAAGGCAGGGAAAGUGGAAAGCUACAACUCAAUCUAGAGAAUUUAUUAAGUCAAUCAAGCGCUACUACAGUAAUGCCUAUACAGAUGGUGAAAAGCAAGAUGCAAUAAAUUUAUUUUUGGGUUACUUUCGACCGCAGGAAGGUAAACCUGCUCUUUGGGAGUUGGAUACAGAUUACUAUCUCCAUGUUGCUGGGACUAAAGAAGACCUUGAUCCUGAGAUGUGCACUCUGGAAACUCAUGCUACACCUGAUGGAGUUGGAAUGAAUCUCACUCCUAUUCCAGCUUGCAGGGAAGACUUUUCACGCAUGAAGUUGACAUCUCUGGACAAAUUGAUUGAGAAGACAUGUGGGACGAUAAAGAAUGUUAGACUUUGUUGUGAGCCUGAUCAAAGACCAGGUGGUGGUGUGGGAAAUUCUGGUGUGGCACCUGAUGCAGCUGAGAUACAGCUGAAAAGCCCAAAUUGGCUUUUUGGCCAGAGAAAGUAUGAAGAAAGUGGUACUGGCCCCAAGGCUCCUCAACACGAAAAUGAAAAUGGAGGAUCUCAUAAAGAUAUUAGAGUUGAUGCUUACUGUGACUUGGACUGGCUUUCUUCUGUUGGUGAUAUGAACGAAGAGGACGUCUUCCAAAGGUACCUUGCAAUGACUUCAGUUGACGAAGCCAGCGGCUGGUAUGGUGGUACAUUACUCGGAGAUCAAGAUGAAAGCAGUGAGAUUUAUAAACAUUAUGCUGAACUAUGUCAGUGGAAUCAACAGGGCCCGGCUAUGGAACCUUUCCAGCACGAUCUGGACAGGGAGGAGCAGUACGCCGAUAUUCUGCGCAUGAAUGCAAUUGGUGUUGUAGAUGAUGCUGCGAUCGAAGCAGAGAUGGCAGCAGCUCUCAAAGAUUACGAACAAAUCGGUGCUGAUCUUGGGAUUAACACCAACAUCCUGCAAAUCCUUUGCUGAAGACUCGAAUCAAUUGACUGGAGGGAUUAUUGUGGAGAUAAAGAAGGUAGAAGGGUCUGAGAUAUGUUUGUGAAUAUUGUAAUUAGAAGGCAUAAAAAACCUUGCAUCCAGCAUCAAAUUUUUUUAAAAGAAAAUCUAACAGCCUUAUGGGGACAGGAAAUACCAGUUCCAGAAGCCUUCAUUAUAUUUCUUGGUUGAAAUUUAGUUCCAAGCCCUAAGGAAAAGACCUGUAAAGAAUGUAUGCACUUUUGUGAACUUUUUAUUUAAAGUAAAUAAUUUGUAAAUAACCUAACUCAGUGGUGGGAUUAUCACUAUGAUUUUCUCAUUUUAAUGCCAUAUCUAUAGUAAGAUUUGUUUCUUUAA